AUGCUGGCAGCCAGAGCGUCGGCCGCGCGCGCCGCGUCCCGCCUCGUCCGCCCCGCGGGCCCCCGCAAGUUCGCCACCGUCGUCGAGUCGUCCGGGCUCAAGGUCGCCGCGGCCGACAACGGCGAGCCUACCUCGUCCGUCACCCUCCUCGUCAAGGCCGGCAGCCGGUACGAGACCAAGCCCGGCCUGGCGCACGUCCUGAAAAACUACGCGUUCAAGAGCACCGACAAGCGUUCGACGUUGGGCACGAUCCGUGAGGCCGAGCUCUACGGCGGCGUCCUCUCAUCGAGCCUCUCGAGGGAGCACCUCGCCAUCACGGCCGACUUUUUGCGCGGCGACGAGGGUUCUUCGUCGACGUCCUCGCAUCCUUCCUCGCCUCGCCCAAGCUCACCCGCUACGAGCUCUCGAGUGGGUCGCACCAACGUGCGAGGCCGAGACCGCCGCCGCCUCGCCGACCCGGCGACGCGUGCGCUCGAGCUCGCCCACGCGCUCGCCUUCCGCGCCGGCCUCGGGAACUCGCUCUUCGGCCCCGCGCACACCCACGUCUCCGCCGAGGACGUCCAGGCGUUCGCCGCCUCCGCGUUCACCGCCGGCAACGUCGCCGUCGUCGGCUCUGGCAUCGACCCCGGCCUCCUCGAGCACUCCUCACUAAGUCCCUCGGGAAGCUCUCCCCAGCCGCCUCUUCUGCCACCUCGUCCGCGGCGCCUCGAAGUACUUUGGCGGGGAGUCCCGCCUCACAGCCGACGGACCCAGACGGUGUUCAUCGGCUUCGGCGCGCAGGGCGCGUCCGCGCCGGAGCUCGCCGUGCUCGCGGCGCACCUCGACCCGAGCCCGGCGGUGAAGUGGACGAAGGGGACGUCGCCGCUCGCGGCGGCGGGCGCGACGGGCGCGGACGUCAAGCCGCGGCGCGGCCGCCGUCGCGGCGCUCAAGGCCGCGGGUCGCUCGGCGCGGAGGAGCUGCAGAAGGCGGUCGCGAAGGCCAAGUUCGCGGCGGCGAGCUCGUUCGACCACCGGGACGGACUCGUGGCUGCCGUUGCGCCGAAGCUUGACAAGGUCACCGCGUCUGGGUACUCGCAGUUGCUGGGCAUACACUGA